CGCCACCCUGUAUAUUUCAUCAUCUUAUCGAAUCUAUUUUGCAUUCAGCUGUGAAUACACGUAGAGAAAAUCAAUCGUCGGAGGUUGUACUGCUGUGUCGUUAUUCUAUAUGCUGUGGUAAAGGUUGUUGGACAGCUUCCCCUUCCCCUGCACCAUUCUUUUUUCUAGUACUUUAUAAGCAAAUCAAAAACUCUCUUACGUUUCAGUAGUAAUAUAAUCAGUGAAAAAACAGCUCAUUGAUUUAGGGUGAAAUAGAUCUGCCAUACAGGGAACGGGAAGCAAACAGAUCCUGUCCAGCCUGAAAUUAUUGAUUGAUAAUAGCAAUUAAGAAUUUUGCAUGCAGAAGAUGAUUUCCUUCAAGAGGAUGUGUAUGAACCGCUGCAGCCAGCAGAUCUUGAAUCAGUUGAAGAGGAACAUCAGCAAGAGUUCUUUAAGACCUGGACGGGAAUGUAUAAGUUCAGAGUUGAUCGCGGACAGGCAAGCGGAAACGCAAUCGGUUAAGAUUGGUAAGAAACCCAAUAUCAGGAGUAUAUCUAUGGCUCAGCCGAAACCCCAGCCAUCUUUCUUUUCCGAAGAUGAAAGGCAAGAAUACAUGGCUACAUUCCCGGAUAUUGUCAAAGAUCUCACUGAAGAUAUUGAAUACGCAGAUAUGUCAGAGGUCAACAAAAGAUUAACCGAAAUGCUGCAAUACAUCCUCCCUAAGAAUAAAAGGGCCUAUGGCCUAUGGACUGCAGUUGCUUAUAAAAUGCUAGAACUUCCGGAAAACUUGACACCUGAGAAUAUCCGGUUGGCUCAUAUUCUGUCUUGGUGUAUCCACAUGUUGCGAUGUUUUUUUAUAACAAUGGACGACCUGAUGGACAACGGGGAUUUGAGGUUUGGCCAUCCCUGUUGGCAUAAGCUGGAAGGAGUAGGAUCUAUGGCCCCAAAUGACGCGUUACUGUUGAAGAAUUGCAUUUACACAUUGCUGUGUAAGCAUUUCGGCGACAAGAAAUGUUAUAGGAACAUACUUGACAUGUUUCAUGUUACCACUACCCGCAUGGUUAUGGGUCAAGCUUUGGACAUGAUAUGCAAGAAUCCAGACGGGACGCCACGCCUGGAGGAUUUUACAAUGAAUCGCGUUGAUACAGUUGUGAAAUACAAAAGUGGGAGAGUCCAUGUUUAUUCAGCAUUAGCCUUGGCAAUGUACUUCGCGAACCGGCACGAUCCUGAAGAACAUAGACAUGUUGAGAACAUUUGUAUGGAGCUUGGAAACUUCUACCAAAAACAGAAUGACUACUUGGACUGCUUCGGUGAUCAAGAUUGGAUUGGCAAGGAAGGCAAUGAUAUUCAAGAAGGCAAGUGCAGCUGGUUAGCAGUUGCAGCUUUAGAAAGAGCAACUCCAGCUCAAAGAAAAAUCAUGCAGGAACAUUACGGUAGAGCGGACAAGAACUCAGUCCAAAUGGUGAAGGACCUCUACCUGGAACUCGACCUACCAUCCGUGUUUACAGCCUUUGAAGAACAAAGCUUUAACAGGAUUUGUAGCCAAAUUGAGCAAGCCAAGGGACUGCCACACGAGCUGUUUUACAGAAUGGUAAACACGACGUACAGGACUAAUUUUUGAGAUGCUUAUCCAGUACUUAUAGACUUUAGAUCUAAGUUAAACAGAUGUUCAGUUAGUUUCACCAAAUCGAAUGAUUUGAAACUGCAAGGUUAUUAUGACAAAGUAGGGGUAUGUUUACAUGCUCGUCAUGUUCCGGCGCUUUUUGGAUGAAAACAGCCAGAAUCAAAAAAAUGCAUCAGGCAUAUGUGGUGUAACAUAUGGGGCAUUCCACAUAAAGUGGGCUCCAAGAAUAAAAAAGUGAAUUUUUAAAAUUCGCUCAUAUUGGGCCUCUCUGUAUAUCUAGUAGGCUAAUAAGAGACAACACGAAUUCUUUUGGCAUGUUUAUUUGCUAUGUUACGGAAUGGAAAGAAUAGCCGUACCUGAAAUUGGUACUUUUUCGAAAAAACUUUUCCGAAUUCAACGGUUUACAUUGGAAUAUACUAAUUUUCUGUACUUUUUCAUAAAAAAAUCAAACUUUAAUUGAAGCAAAAUUGAGGUGCUAAGCUGGAAGUAAGCAUUUCAAAUCAAAAUUUGUUUGAUUUCGAGUCAUUUUCUUUUUUUUUUCACUUUAAAAUACAAUCUAAAGUCUGUUGAGUAUGUGUUAAAAAUGCACUAUUAUUCUAAGAUUUGGCCUAACGUGUGCUUAAAAUACAGUAGACUUCUUAAAUGGCAUGCGCGUCAAUUAAAGAUGUAGAAAGUUUCAUGUACAUACCCCGGGUAUGACGUUAGGCGCUCGAUUUUAUUGACUAUUUGCGAGACAUUGCCUUCUUACGAGUAGUACAAAAUCGUUGUUUAUUUCAAACAUCAUUUUGCACAUUUGCAUAUAGUUGCCAAUUCGAAACAAAUGCCGUUGUAGGAGUUUUUGGUAAGCAUAGGGAUUGGAUAAAUAUUUUGAAGUCAUAGUAUUAUAACACGAAGCUAUACAUCUCUGUCCAAAUAAAAAUAUAUUCAAUACUUAUUACGCGUAUUAAUAUCUCGCAGUCCAGUGUACAUAAGCGUAAGCCUAACGUCAUACUCUUAUAAUUUAUACAUAAAAAUACGUAUUCAUGAAUUGAUUCUUCUAGUGUAUUUUAAACACAUUUCAGGCUAUAUUUUUAAGUCAAAAGAGCAUAAUAAAAGUAAUAGAAGUUACUCAGAUCAGAGUUUGAAACGUUUAUUUCCGGUUUUGCACCCUAAUUUUUUUUAAAUUUCAGUAUUUAAGAAAAUCGUAUAAAUAAUAAACUAUAAUUUUCUAAAAAACUGCUCAUAUUGUAAUUUAUUAAUUAGAUAUCUCCCAAACCAGUCGACCUAAACAAGCGCCUAACGUCAUACCCAGUGAGACAUGUAUGCACAUCAAAGUACCUUUCCCGUUAAUUAAUGAGCAUCUCAUUUUAAAACUUCUACUGUAUCUCAAACACGCAGCACACAGCAAAUUUUGAAACCUCACUUUUUUCGGUAUCCGCUUCACGGGCUGAUGUUUAGAAUAUACAUGUGACACAAUCGGGCAUUAUAAAUAAUGAAGACAUUCACAGUUCUCCCUAAUAUCUAACAGUAUCUAAAUAAAGUGCAUAGGAUAGAUUUUAUAUUUUUGUACGCUUCUAUAGUAUUAAAAAAAGUACUUGCG